AUGAACGAAACAGUUAAAGACUUAAAAAAUCUACGAGAUAAAACGUCUGAAGCUGUACAAGCACUAAAAUCUUUGGGUCGAAAUAUUGAUAGUGAUCUAUUAGUCUUUGUCGUUUCGCGAAAAAUGGGAAAAUGUAUUCUGUGUAAUGAAAGUAAUCAAAAAUUUAAUCAAGCAUCUAAAAACGAAGCCGAUAAGAAACUUGAAAUACCCAAAAAAGUAGAAAAAGUUUCACAAGAUCAAAGAGUAUUAAAUCAAAAAGAAUCUAAUAGUACCCCAAAAAACGACACUGUUUCUUUGAACCAUAUACGCGGUAAAACAGUACUUUUAGCAACUGCAAAAAUCUGUGUUGUUGGUAAAAACGGUGAAAGAAUAGAGAUUAGAGCUCUAUUAGAUCAAGGAUCCGAGGUAACAUUUAUAACUGAAAGAGUUGUUCAAAUGCUUCGGGUUAAAAAAGAACCAGCUAUGAUCCGUGUAACUGGAAUCGAUAAUGCUUUUCUCGGAACUGCAAAAUCACUCGUUAACGUUAUUAUCACACCAACACAAAAUUUCGAAAAGAAAAUUCCCAUAUCUGCGUUAGUACUCCCUAAACUCAAUAAUCAUAUUGUAUCAAAAGCAGAUUAUCUUAGUGAUUGGGAACAUCUUCGCGACCUAGAUUUAGCUGACCCAACACCAUUUGAUAAUAAAGAAUUCGAUAUGAUAAUUGGAGCGGAUUAUUACGGUUCAUUAUUAUUACCAGGUCUUAUUAAAGGUCCUGUUCGAUCACCAACAGCACAAGCUACGGUAUUUGGUUGGAUUAUUUCGGGUCCCUUAAACUCACUCAAUAAUGUAUCCCCAACUAGUAAAGUCGUUCAUCAUUGUGUAGGGCUUUCAGAUAUUCAUAAUGAUCUGCAGAAAUUUUGGGAAAUUGAAGAAUUUCCACAAAAAAGUAAUCUUACAGACGAUGAAACAAAAUGUGAAGAGCAUUUUGUUAAUACACAUUCUCGAAAUGAAGAAGGAAAUUAUGUUGUUCGUUACCCUUUUAAAAAUGAUCCUCCUGAACGUUUAGGAGAUUCUCUUCAAAAUGCCAAACGUUUACUUUUACAAACAGAACGCCGUGUACAAAACAAUCCCGAGUUAAAACAAGAUUACUAUGAUUUUCUCAAUGAAUAUAAAGAUUUAAAACAUAUGAUUGAAAUUGAUUAUAAUGACGAACAAAAUUCUAAUUUUGAAAUAGAAAAUUAUUUACCAUAUCAUAUAGUCAUACGUGUGAGUAGUUCCUCCACUCCACUACGCAUAGUAUUUAAUGCUUCCUUUCCAACAUUAACAGGAGUAUCUUUAAAUGAUUUACUACUUCCUGGUCCCAAGUUACACGCCGACAUCCCAUCUAUAAUAAUACGCUGGCGAAAUUAUCGUUUUGUUAUGACUGCGGAUAUUAGUAAAAUGUUUCGUCGAAUUCAAAUUGAUAAAAGAGAUGUUAAUUUCCAACGAAUUAUUUGUAGACUUAACGAAACAGAAGAAAUUAAACAUUUUCAAUUGUUAACACUCACUUAUGGUGUCUCGUCAUCUCCUUUCUUAGCAAAUAGAGUAAUAAAACAAUUAGCUAAUGACGAAGGAGAUAAUUUUCCAAAAGCAAAACAAAUAUUAUUAAAUGAUAUCUACGUUGACGAUGGGCUUUUCGGAGCAGAUGAUUUAGAAACUGCCUUGCAAAUUAAAAACGAAUUUAUUCAACUUCUUGCCAAAGGUGGCUUCCCGGUUCACAAAAUUUCAUCUAAUUCGCCCCUCUUGAGUGAUUCUAAGCUUUCUAAAUAUAGCGAACGAUUGAUACUAAAUGAUACUAAUUCAAAAGCAGUUCUAGGACUCUAUUGGGAUCCAGAAUAUGAUGUAUUUAGAAUUUCUAUGUCCCCAGUAGUUAACGUCAAUUUUACUAAGAGAAAUGUUCUUUCUGUUAUCGCUAAACAGUUUGAUCCUUUAGGUUGGAUUUCUCCAAUUUUGAUAAUAGCUAAAAUUAUAAUUCAAGACCUUUGGAUAAGACAUUUAGAUUGGGACGAAACUCUCCCUGAUGAUUUAAGUGUAAGAUGGAAAUCCUAUUGCAAUGAACUUAAUAACGUUCAAAAAAUAACCAUCCCACGAUGGACAGGAUUAACUUCUCAUGAUGUAAUAGAGAUACACGGUUUUGCUGACGCAUCUUCGCGAGCUUAUGCCGCCGUAGUAUAUUUGCGUAUACAAAACGUAUCAAAAAAGAUAAAUGUGUCACUAUUACUAGGAAAAACAAAAGUAGCUCCUUUAAAAACAUUAACUAUCCCCCGAUUAGAAUUAUGUGCGGCAGUCCUAUUAGCUAAAUUAUUAAAAAAGAUCGUAAAUGAUUUACAAUUAGACGACGUUCCUGUAUAUGGGUGGUCAGAUUCUACCAUUGUUCUGGCAUGGCUAUCCAAACAUCCUUCAACAUGGCGUACUUUUAUUGCCAAUAGAGUUGAAACAAUACAAUCUCUUAUCCCAACUGCAUCUUGGAAACAUGUCCCGACUGCUGAUAAUCCGGCAGAUUGUGCUACCAGGGGUAUCUACCCAUUGAAAUUAUUAAAUCACGAAUUAUGGUGGUCCGGUCCUAAGUGGUUAAGUGACUCUCCUACGACGUGGCCUACUCUACCUGAUUUAAAUUAUAACUGCGAUGUUAAAACUACUGCUACCAAAAUUCACAUGGCUACAACUGAUCAAUCUUACGAUUUUGUGAAUAAACUUUCAAAUAGAUAUAGCAGUUGGCCUAAACUUUUGAGAAUUACUGCCCUCGUUUUCAAGUUUAUCAAUAAAUGCAAAACAAAACUACAGUCCACUAAUUCAGAAGUAAAUAACAAGGCUGAAAUGCAUAGUGCUAAAUUAUUUUUGUUUAAAAAUCUUCAAUCACAGUUUUUUGCAAGUGAAAGAAGAGCGACUUUGAAUAAAUUGAAUCUAAAAAAAUCUAGUCCAUUAAAAGCCCUUAAUCCCUUUAUAGACAAAGAUGGACUAUUGCGAGUUUCUGGUCGUUUAAGUAAUGCUCCUAUCGCUUGGGAAACCAAGCAUCCUAUCAUACUACCUAAUCAUCGGAUAAGUUUACUUAUUGCCCAGCAAACUCAUUUGAGGUCCUUACAUGGAGGUCCACAAAUGACUUUGUUUCUACUUAGGCAAAACUUUUGGAUAAUAAAAGGUCGAAAUUUAGUUCGUAGUAUUGUACAUAAAUGCUUGACUUGUGCCCGUCAUCAAGCUACACUUCAAUCACAGUUAAUGGCGAAUUUACCAUCUUGUAGAGUAACUCCAUCAAACCCUUUUACUCAUUGCGGUUUGGAUUAUGCAGGACCAAUCUCAGUUAAAUUAAAUAAAGGUCGCGGUUACAAAUCGACGAAAGGGUACAUAGUUCUAUUCGUCUGUAUGGUAACGCGAGCUAUUCAUUUAGAAUUAGUGAGCGACUAUUCUUCUUCAACAUUUCUAUCAGCUUUAAAAAGAUUUGUGUCUCGCCGUGGAAUUCCUUCAAAUCUAUAUAGUGAUAACGGUAGAAAUUUCGUUGGAGCUGAUAAAGAAUUACGUCGAAUUUUUAAGACCUUAAAAUGUGAUCCUAAAGUUUCGAAAGACAUGUCUGCAUUUAAUAUCAACUGGGACUUUAUUCCUCCAUACUCGCCACAUUUUGGGGAAUCCUGUCUAAACUCACGACCUAUUGCUGCAUUUUCAAACGAAGUUGACGAUUAUUCGUAUUUAUCUCCAGGGCAUUUUUUGAUAGGAAAACCCUUACUAGCUAUGCCUGAAAAAUCUUUACCUUCCAGUCAACACAGUCUUUUAACACGUUGGCAAUUAGUUCAACAAAAGACUGAGCAAUUUUGGAAACAAUGGAGUUUAGAGUACCAACAAGAUCUUCAAAAGCGUUAUAAAUGGACGAAGUCAAAUCCAAACAUCAAAAUUGGUGACUUAGUUCUGAUAAGAGACAUUAAUCUUCCAAAAUCAAAUUGGCAAAUGGGUCGCGUUCUUAAAAUUCACCCAGGAAAGGACGGGUUAGUACGUGUUGUUACAGUCAAAACUAAAAAGGGAUCACCUCGAAAUAUGAUGCAACAAUAUCAGGAUUCGAUGGCUAUUGUUGCUGGUCAUGGAAGACCAGAUUUAUUUAUCGCAAUGACGUUUUCGAGUAUCAAGUCUGUUAAAUAUUUAUAUAAAUAUAUUCUUAACGGGCAUGAUGAUGCAUCUAUUGUUAUCACAAAUGCGAAUGGUGAGGUAACUGUUAAUCAUAAUGAAAUACAUCAUUAUGAAGAAAAUAGAUAUGUUGGUCCAGUUGAGGCAGUUUGGAGAAUUCUAAGUAAACCUUUAGAGAAAAAGAGUCAUAGCGUUAAUCGCUUACCCAUACAUUUGCCAAAUGAACAGAAUGUUAUUAUUCGAGAAGAAAAAGAUCUAAAAGGAGCAACUUUUUUUGAAAGUUUGAGAACAGUUAAUGGAGUUGUUCAUGAAUCUUUUACAACUGCUUGUUUGGCAUUUGGACUUGUAGAAGAUGAUAGUGAGUGGAUUAGGACAAUCGAAGAAGCUGCAUUAUGGAUGAUGCUUCAUUCACUUCGACAAUUAUUCACAAGAAUUUUAAUUCAAUGUCAUCCUGUACAUCCGGUUAAACUAUAUAUGGGAACAAUUUAA